UUUUCAAUGGGAAGCCAUGAUGGAAGUUUGAGUUUAACAGAGAAGUGAAGGGAAAGGAUACGAAUAGAGACCGCUCCUACGCGAUAUUUAAAUAUCGAGUUUUUAAUUUCUUGGUGGAGGCUGUCACCUUUAAUUUCAUGUGUUGGAACCUGGGCAUCGCGGAUUGUUGCAGUGUUCGAUGGCUUUUAUUUUUUUUAAGGAUGGGUAGACGAGCUAGCGCGCUAGCCGUUAAAGCUAGCGGCUAGACGGAGCGCGAGCUGAGUGCGAGCGGGGCUUUGACAACCGUUCUUGGAGUGGAAGCUCACGGAGAGGACCCUCUCUCCGUCUUUCCGUUCAAUCACGGCGGCUACGGUGCGAACAGAGACUUGUCGUGCACUAGAAAUUCUGCAAUUUGAGACGUUGGACGUCGCUUAUCUUCUCACCCGGGGCUCGUCUGAGCUGAGGAGGGCAUUUUGGAAGCCGGGCCUGUGGUGGUUUGGAGCGAGGCCCUUGAUGAGAGAUCCACAGCAGACUCCUUUCUAGCUAGCAGGGGGACUGCGAAGCGAGCAGAGCAUUAAGUUGACCGAUCGUCUGAAAGCAACAAUACUCUCACUCACACUAAAAACCUUAAAGACUCCUGUCACAGCCAUGGCUGCGAUCAUAAAGGAAAUUGUCAGUCGAAACAAAUAUAGAUACCAGGAAGAUGGAUUCGACUUGGACUUGACCUAUAUUUAUCCUAACAUUAUAGCAAUGGGCUUUCCUGCUGAAAGACUUGAGGGUGUCUACAGAAACAACAUAGACGAUGUAGUGCGAUUCUUGGAUUCAAAGCAUAAAAAUCAUUACAAGAUAUAUAAUCUAUGUGCGGAAAGACAUUAUGAUACUGCCAAAUUUAACUGCAGAGUUGCACAGUAUCCAUUUGAGGAUCACAAUCCUCCUCAGCUAGAACUCAUUAAACCUUUCUGUGAAGACCUGGAUAAAUGGCUCAGUGAAAAUGACAAUCAUGUGGCUGCCAUUCACUGCAAAGCUGGAAAGGGACGUACGGGUGUCAUGAUAUGUGCGUAUUUGUUACACCGAGGCAAAUUCAAAAAAGCACAAGAGGCUCUGGACUUCUAUGGUGAAGUUAGAACCAGAGACAAGAAGGGAGUGACUAUUCCCAGUCAGAGGCGAUAUGUGUACUACUAUAGCUACCUUCUGAAGAAUAAGCUGGAGUACAAACCAGUGGCCUUGCUGUUUCACAAGAUGGUGUUUGAGACAGUGCCUAUGUUCAGUGGAGGGACCUGCAGGGAUUCUGCUGUAAAAAGCAAGAGUGAGCAGAUUCCGCAUGGGUUCAGAAAAACCAAUUGGCAUUGGGAUCCUCAGUUUGUGGUGUACCAGCUGAAGGUGAAAAUCCACACGUCUAACCCAGCGCACACAAGGCGAGAGGAGAAGUACAUGUACUUUGAUUUUCCACAGCUGCUGCCUGUGUGUGGAGACAUCAAGGUGGAGUUUUUCCACAAGCAGAACAAGAUGAUGAAAAAGGAUAAGAUGUUUCACUUCUGGGUGAACACCUUUUUCAUCCCUGGACCAGAUGAGAACUCGGAGAAGGUUGAAAACGGAGGAUUAGUGAAGGAACAGGAUGGGAUCCAAACCACGGAACGGGGAGAGAAUGACAAGGAUUAUCUAAUCCUGACUUUAACCAAGAACAACUUGGAUAAAGCCAAUAAGGAUAAAGCCAACAGAUACUUCUCUCCAAACUUCAAGGUGAAGCUGUACUUCACAAAACCAGUGGAGGAACCAUCCAACUCGGAGGCCAGCACUUCUACGUCUGUAACACCGGAUGUUAGCGAUAAUGAACCGGAUCAUUACCGGUAUUCGGACACAACAGACUCAGACCCUGAAAAUGAACCGUAUGAUGAAGAACAGAUUACUAAAGUUUGAAAUAUUUUUAUGGGAAGUAAAAAGAAACCAUACAUAAUAGAGUUGUAUAAAGGAGAAAACUUGAAUAUGAAAGUACUUUUUUCCACCCAGUUUCUUUUUUUUUUCUCAAGCAGAAUUAGGACACACGUCACACAAAUGCUACCAGUUGUAGGGACAAAAAUGCUGACCAAUUUUCUUUUGUUCAUUCACCCUGCUCCAUGAAGUAUCAACACUGAUGUUCAAUGGAAAACAGCGUCAUUAGCUAUUAUGUAAAUACAUGUUCAUGCCGUAACAUGAGAAAGGAAGCCCAGUCAGGAUGGGAGAUCGUUUAUGGGAGAAAUUCAGUGGAGUUCAAAAUUAGCUGCUCCAUCAACCUGUUGAAACCUAGGCCAGUGCUUUAAUCAACAUUCACGCCCCCAUGUCUGUCCUCCUUUAGUCUGUCCUACCUACUGUGAAACCCUUCUCAUGCUGCUGGAAGGCCGCCAUGUGUCAGUCAGGCUCUGCUGUGCAGUGGAAACUGCGUCUCUUGCCAUUUUUCUUUUUUAGUCUGCUUUCAUCAUCAUUACUACUACAAGAAUGGAGGUGGUAAUGAUUCUACUAAACUACAUGACACCGUGGCAGAAAAUGACGUAUAGCUCCACCAUGUAUUGGUAUUACUAUUAUUAUUAUUAUUAUUAUUAUUAUUAUCAUGAUUUCUUUUUUUUUAAUGCAGAUAUACAUACAACACAACAGGGAAACCAGUGUUGCAAUAAUGUUGAUCGAAGGUGUGCAUGUUAUUGGAAUCCGUUUCCAUGUUGUCGAAUAAAUAUUAUUCAAUGUUUUUCUAAAAAAAGAAAAAAGAAAGGUUUCUAAAGUCAUUUACAAUUUGUAUUUGGGAAGAAGAAAUUACCAUCACUCUUUCUUCUGCAGAUGACACUUCAGUGACACUUCAUUUAUAGAAUUAACAAUGGGCACUUGUUUAAAUCAGCUCACACAGAAUGCUUUUGUUUUUCUGUUUCACUUCUUGAAGGGUCGUGCUUUGAGCUCAAGGUAGUGUCAGUCCUAAAAUUCCUCUUUAGAAUGUUGUGGGAGACGGAUCAAUCUUGCUUGAGGGCUCUGUGGCCACGGUUAACUACAGCGAUCUCUGGUCAGAAUGGGUUUGAUGGUGUACAGCAUUUCGUUUAAUGCAUGUCAACAUGGAGAAACCCUUUUCUGAAUGUAUCAACCUUGGAUGCAAGUUUUGAUUAGAUUUUAACAGCGUUUACAUUGGUUUUUCUUUCUUCCUGGCUGUGUCAGACAUCAGAUUUCAGGCUCCCUAUAACAUGUUUUUGUAGCCUUAUCUGCAUGAUCUAAUGAAAUCUGGAUCAUUUAUCCAGCAAUGGUGCUUGCUAAACUAAACUCUAAAUGUAUAGUUCAGUCAUUUUGGAGCAAAGAAUCUCAUGGUGCAAGCAUUUAAAUGCACUGUGUGGUGCAUUGUUAGUUUCUUACAAUUUGAUGUCCCUCACUAGCUAGUCCUUUUUUUUUUUUUUUUUUUUUUUUUUUUUAUAUUCUUGAACAGGCCUCGUUCCCAUUGGAAUGAGCAUAGUGCAGCUACGGAUUUUACACAGUCUUGUGCUUGCUUCAGAAAUAUUAAAGCCCUAUAUAUGAGAAUAUUUAAAUGUAUAAUUUUCUUUUAAGCAUGCCAAAUCUUUUUUUUUUUUUUCAUCUGGCUGAUGUGGCCAGACCAAAAAAAAAAAAAAAAACUUUUCUCAGUCUCUUGGGCAAGAAUCUUCACUAAGAAGGGUAGUGAGUAAGCUGCCUUUCUCGUACUGUUAAAGUUUCACUCUUCUCACCAGCCCACUGCACACCAUACAUCUCGCCUUCCUUUAGAGAAAGAAUACGUUUCCCUGACAUGAGGAGACUGGGCCUUCCUUUAUGAGAUUGUACACUAACCAAUCCAGGAAUAAAAGCAAGCCUAUCAAGGAUUCUCAUUUUGUUUACAUUUUAUCACAUCACUGAAAACCUGCCAAAAUUAAGCUUAAUCAUUUUUGUGUUAUGAUUUUCUUUGUGCUCCGAGGAGGAGGCAGGGCCCACGGGAGGUAUUCUUUGCCUUACUUGAAGUUGACAAUGCUUACUCUUCUACUGCUUUGAUACCUACCAUUCUGCCCAAGCACUGACUUAUUUAAAGCUACUAUAAUAGAGCAACAUAUUGUACUAGACAUUUGCACUGUUACAGGUCUUUGCAGGGUUUCAGUCAGCGGUCCACAGUAUUUUUUAUUUUUAUCUUUGUUCUCGUUUUAUUUUUGUAAUUUUCUUUUCUGGAAAUGCUUUACAGUAAUCAAAAAUAGAGGAUAGAGGUUAAAUGAAAAUACGUUAAUAUUGUCUCUGUGCAUCCCAAUAGAAUCAAAUGUGUUUUUAUUGACUGAAUCCUUUUUUUCUUUUUUUAAAGAAAGCGUAAAAUAGAAAAAAAAAUGAAUAAAGCGACUAUUUAUGAAAGUAUUCGUUCACAUUCUGGCAAUGACCCUGCAGGUAUUUCCCAUAGUCCUUCUAAAUGUACGCUGAUGUGUUUUAAAUGUUUAGCGGUUUAAUGUAUGACUCUACUGAAGAGUAUCACAUGAUGAACUUGAAUUUAAAAGGAUAGUUCACCUAAAUGUUCUGUCAUCAUUUACUCACCCUUGUGUCUUUCCAAACCUGUAUGAGCAAGAAGAUAUUUUGGAGAAUUUUUCAGCUGUUUUUAUCCACACAGUGAAAGUCAUUUGGGUUCCGCCAUGUAAAAAUUAGUAUGUUUGUAUGUUUGUGUGAGUAUACUUUAUUUCACAUUUAAUUGUUACGUGUCAUUUAGAGCAUGAGGGUGAGAAAAUGAUGAAUGUUCAUUUUUAGGUGACCUAUCCUUAAGCCUCAGAUCGUCUCUGCAACGGGACGGAUCCCUUGACAAUUUAGCCACAGUACCUUUAUACGCAGACCCUCAGACAUCUUGUACGUGGCACGGGUGUGUGGAGCUCACAGGCAGCAUGAAAAAUUCAUUUUCAGCUUUAAUGAAAAACAAAACGUCUUUCGAAGGUGCCAGUGUAUAUGUUUCACGUCACUCUUUCUUAGCUGAUUUGUGCAAUAUGUUGUUAUGAUGCCUGUGGUUGCCACAAAGUGCCUCUCGUUUACAGUUUAAGAAAAAGUACGCUUUAAAAACUGUUGUAGGACAUCAUGUCAUGCAUGCGGAUGGUUGGAUGGAUAGAUGGGGUGGUACUGUGCACUAAAUCGUCCAGCUAGACUUGGGGGCCCUUUGGACUUUGGCCAUGCUCCAUUCGAAAUCAUUCUUCUCCCCAGAGGGUUUUUACUUUCACGUAAUGUAAACGCGGUAUAUUUUCAGUCUCUUAAGAAAACAGCCUUACUCCGUUUCAGCCUGUUCAGAUACUAUUGUGCUGUGCAACAGUUGCUCUGUGUGUAAUGCCUAUGCACUGAGAAUACACAAACCAACCAUGUAUGAAAUAUUGUACAGGUAAUCAUGUUGCUCAUACAAAUCACGUUUGUUUGUAAUUGUAUGUGUAAACUGCCCUUUAUCUUAGUGUUAUAAACUCCACGUAAAUCCAAUAAAGUCUCAUUCUUGUCA